GGACCGACCGACCGACCGACCGACCGCCGCCUCCCGCCGCGCCGGGGCGGGCAGGGCCGGGCAGGGCUGGGCUGGGCGCGGCUGGGCUGGGCUGAGCGCUGCGGGGCCGGCGCUGCGGCGAGGGGCGGCCCGGCCCCACGGAGGGACGGACGGACGGGCGGACGGACGGACGGGCGGACGGCGCGGCUCGCAACCCCAUGGCUCUGGAUUUAUAAACACGGCGCAGAUGGCGGGGCCGCGUCCCCGCGCCCGGCGCUGCCCCGCCGGCCGCUGAGGCGGGAGCGGCGGCGGAGAUGGGGGGCGGCAGCUGCCGGCGGGAUUAGCUAUUGCGUGACGUGGAGAGCACACACAUGAUGAAGAGGAGCUCUCGGCUCUCCUAAUCCUUUCGUCGGCGAUUUGGAAGCAGCGACCGCCGCGCCUGCUCUUCCGACAUGUCUGGAUCGACGCAGCCCGUGACGCAGAGCUGGCGUGCUGCCGAGCCACGCUACCCCCCGCACGCCAUGUCCUACCCGGUUCAGAUUGCCCGGCCACACGCGGACGUUGCACUGUUGGAGUACCAGCAUCAUUCCAGGGAUUUCGCUUCCCACCUCCCUCCGGGGUCUAUCAUGCAGCCGCAGCGGCGGAGGCCGUCCCUGCUCUCCGAGUUCCAGCCGGGCAAUGAAAGAUCUCAGGAGCUGCACCUGAGAACUGAGGCGCAUUCCUAUCUCUCUGACCUGACCAAGCCAUCGGACUUGGAGUUCAUUGAAACCAAGAGGCCACGCCUGGACCUGCUGCAGGACCCCCUGAUGCGGCACUCGCCUCUCCUGAACCAGAGCCAGCAGGGAGGGACAGAAGAUCUCUCAAAGGAUCGCGGCCUGCCUGGCAAACUGGAACCUGUGUCGCCUGUGAGCCCUGCUCACCCUGACGCUGAGCUGGACCUGCUGCCAGCCCGGCUGUCCAAGGAGGAGCUCAUCCAGAACAUGGACCGUGUGGACCGUGAGAUCACCAUGGUGGAGCAGCAGAUCUCCAAGCUGAAGAAGAAGCAGCAACAGUUGGAGGAAGAAGCAGCCAAACCACCAGAGCCUGAAAAACCCAUCUCCCCUCCUCCUAUCGAGUCCAAGCAUCGCAGCUUGGUGCAGAUCAUCUACGACGAGAACAGGAAGAAGGCGGAGGCUGCCCACCGGAUCCUGGAAGGACUGGGUCCCCAGGUGGAGCUGCCAUUAUACAACCAGCCUUCAGACACCAGGCAGUACCAUGAAAACAUUAAAAUAAACCAGGCAAUGCGGAAAAAGUUAAUUUUGUACUUUAAGAGGAGAAAUCAUGCGCGCAAACAGUGGGAACAGAAGUUUUGCCAGCGCUAUGACCAGCUGAUGGAGGCCUGGGAAAAAAAAGUGGAGCGCAUCGAAAAUAACCCCCGGCGCCGUGCCAAAGAGAGCAAAGUGCGGGAAUACUAUGAGAAGCAAUUCCCGGAGAUCCGGAAGCAGCGGGAACUGCAAGAGCGCAUGCAGAGGUUAGAGGAGAAGCGCAGGGUAGGACAGAGGGGCAGUGGCGGGCUCUCCAUGUCAGCCGCACGCAGCGAGCACGAGGUGUCAGAAAUCAUCGACGGGCUCUCAGAACAAGAGAACCUGGAGAAGCAGAUGCGCCAGCUCGCUGUCAUCCCGCCCAUGCUCUACGAUGCUGACCAGCAGCGCAUUAAAUUCAUCAACAUGAACGGCCUCAUGGAUGACCCCAUGAAGGUCUACAAGGACCGGCAGGUGAUGAACAUGUGGAGUGAACAGGAGAAGGAGACCUUCCGGGAAAAGUUCAUGCAGCAUCCGAAGAACUUCGGCCUGAUUGCAUCCUUUCUGGACAGGAAGACGGUGGCUGACUGUGUCCUCUAUUAUUACCUGACCAAGAAGAAUGAGAAUUACAAGAACCUUGUAAGGAGGAAUUACCGGCGGCGCGGGAAGAGCCAGCAGCAGCAAAUGCCCCGGAGCAGCCAAGAUGAGAAAGAUGAAAAAGAGAAAGAAAAAGAGAAAGAGGGAGAGAAGGAGGAAGACAAACAGGAAACAGAAAAUGACAAAGAAGAACUGACAAAGGACAAGAACGACGACACGUCCGGGGAAGACAAUGAUGAGAAAGAAACAGUCACCUCCAAAGGUCGCAAAACUGCCAACAGCCAGGGCCGGCGCAAGGGCCGCAUCACCCGCUCCAUGGCCAACGAAGCCAACAACGAGGAGGCAGCCACGCCGCAGCAGAGCGCAGAGCUGGCUUCCCUGGAAAUGAAUGAAAGCUCUCGCUGGACCGAAGAGGAGAUGGAGACGGCUAAAAAAGGUCUCCUUGAGCAUGGGCGGAACUGGUCAGCCAUUGCCAGGAUGGUGGGCUCCAAGACCGUGUCACAGUGCAAAAACUUCUACUUCAACUACAAGAAGAGGCAGAACCUGGACGAGAUCCUACAGCAGCACAAACUGAAAAUGGAGAAAGAAAGGAACGCCAAGAGGAAGAAGAAAAAAGGCGCUGCUGUUCAGAACGAAGAAGCUGCCUUCCCUCCUGCAGCUGAGGACGAGGAGAUGGAGGUGUCGGGGACGAGCGGCAACGAGGAGGAGAUGGCGGAGGAGACGGAAGCUGCAGUAAAUAACAGCUCCGACACCGAGAGCAUUCCCUCGCCAAGGCCUGAAGCCAAAGAAGGAGGCGAAAACGGGGCCAAGGCACCACCCGGGCCAGGAGGUGACACCGGCGCAGAACCGGCAGUCAAGUGGGAAGAGGCUCCAACACCCCCUGACGCUCCCCCUGCUCCCCCUGCCAACCCCGCUCCAGCCACCAGCCCCCCGCCCGAGGCAGCUCCCGAGCCGCCCAGCAGCGAGGAGAAGGUGCCAGAGGACCUGGUGGUGGACGUGGUGAAAACGGAGGAGCCAGAGGAGAAGGUGAACGAGGAGCCCUGCAAGAGCGAGGUGAAGAAGGAGGAGAGCGAAGAGAACCAGGAGAAGGACAAGGGGAAUGACAAGAAGGCAGAAAGCGGCGUCAGCAGUGCAGGGACAACGGGGACAGAGGGGACGCCCAAGGCUGAGAAGAAGGAGAGCCAUAAGGGCAGCAAAGGCCCCGGGGUGAACCCUGACAGCGACUCCAGCGCGACCUGCAGUGCGGACGAGAUGGACGAGCAGGAUGCUGUGGACAAGAGCAGGUUGCUGUCCCCCCGGCCCAGCCUGCUCAACACCACCAGCGACACCAGGCUCAACUCCUCGCCGCAGAAGCCGCUGGACCUGAAGCAGCUGAAGCAGCGAGCUGCUGCCAUCCCUCCCAUCAUUUCCGAAGGUUUCUCAGAGGGGAUAUUGCAGAGUGGAAGCGUGAAGCCUCAGGUACCUCCCCACGCCUUGGCUCUCUACCAGCAGCAGAUCACAAAAGCCCACGAGUCUGCCCGUGAGGACAUGCCCUCGAGCAAGCCCCAGCAGCAGCAGCCUGAGAAGGAGCAGCAGCAGCCCAGCAGCAGUCCCAGGGGAAAGAGCCGGAGCCCCGCUGUUGGUGACAAGGAAGAAAAGUCCAUGCAUUUCUCCUCCAUCGCAGAGGCUCAGAAGCUGAGUGCAGAGUCGAUGGCUGCCUCGUGCUGGCCCCCUGUCCUGUCCUACCCCCGGGAUGUGAUCAAAACCUCUCCCCAGGCAGAGCCCCACUUGUUCCAGUACAACCCACCAGGACACCCCAUCCCACUAAACCUGCAUGAGAGCUCUCGCUCGGGGCUGCAGAGACUGGCCAGCAUCUCCAACCCUCCCCCCCUCAUCUCCUCCACCAAGCACCCCUCUGUGCUGGAGAGACCUGUUGGAUCCAUUUCCCAGGGAAUGCCCAUCCAGCUCCACACACCCUACAGCUCCGAGCAUGCCAAGGUCCCUGUCGGCUCCAUCACCAUGGGCCUGCCACUGACCAUGGAUCCCAAGAAACUGGUGCCUUUUCCUGGAGUAAAGCAGGAACAACUUUCUCCUAGAAGCCAGGCCAGCCAGCCAGAAAGUCUGGUUCUACAGCCGUCCCAGGAGGGCUCCAUCCUGCGGGGUGCUUCCCUCAGCUCUGCCUCUGGAGGGAGCAUCACCAAGGGAACACCCACAUCCAGACCCCCUCCGGAGUCGCCCAUCACCUACCGAGGGUCCAUCACACACGGCACCCCGGCAGAAGUGCUGUACAAAGGAACCAUUACCAGGAUAAUCGGAGAAGACAGCCCCAGCAGAGCAGAGAAGGCAAGGGAGGAUGCCGUGCCCAAAGGACAUGUCAUCUACGAAGGGAAGAAAGGCCACGUGCUGUCCUACGAGGGUGGAGUUGCUGCUUCUCAGUGUCCCAAAGAAGACAGCAGGAGCUCGGGAGCUUCCCAUGAGACCACAGGAACUAAGCGGACCUAUGAUAUGAUGGAGGGGAGGAUCAGCCGGGGCUUAUCAGCCCGUGAUACCUUAUCUGCCAGCAUUGAAGGUCUCAUGGGUCGAGCAAUCCCUCCAGACCGACACAGUCCCCAUAACCUGAAGGAGCAGCAUCACAUGAGGGGCUCGAUUACACAAGGAAUACCUCGGUCCUAUGUGGAGGCCCAUGAGGACUACCUCAGAAGAGAAGCCAAACAGCUCAAGAGGGAAAACACUCCACCGAGGGACUUAUCUGAUGCCUACAAGGUCAGAUCUCACGAGGGCCUUACUCCUCUGAAAAUGAAAUCAGCCCAUGAAGACUUGGUAGCCACGGUGAAAGAAGCAGGAAGAUCAAUCCAUGAGAUUCCCCGUGAGGAGCUGAGGCGGACACCGGACAUCUCUCUGACAAGACCUCUGAAGGAAGGUUCCAUCACGCAGGGUACCCCACUGAAGUAUGACAGCAGCUCUUCUUCCUCAAGUACCAAAAAGCAUGACGUGCGGUCCAUCAUCGGCAGUCCCGGCAGGACUUUUCACUCUGUGCACUCACUGGACGUCAUCCAAGACCCGAGGAAUCUGGAGAGAGCUUAUGAAGAGAGCCUGAAAAACAGGCCAAGCCCAGUGACAAACUCGGGUGGCUCCAUUGCCAGAGGGGCUCCUGUGAUUGUACCGGAGCCGAGCAAGGCCCACCAAAGUGCCCUCGGCUAUGAGGACCACCAGGCAGGGCACAGCACCGCCUUCAGCAGCCACUUGCACAGAGGGUCUCCGGUCUCCACACGGGAGUCCACGCCACGGCAGCACGAAGGGAGCAUCACUGCUGGGAAGCCGGUGUCCCAGGACAGAAAGAUCACCCCCACAUCGAGAGAGCUCACCAACUCCAAGUCUCCGCACGCCCCUGUGCCUGACCACCACCACCCCAUUUCCCCGUACGAGCACCUGCUCCGCGGUGUGAGCGGGGUCGACCUGUACCGAGGACACAUCCCGCUGCCUUUCGACCCCGCCGCCAUCCCCAGGGGAAUCCAACUGGAAGCAGCUGCUGCUUACUACUUGCCGAGGCAUCUGGCUCCGAGCCCCACGUACCCCCACCUGUACCCCCCGUACCUCAUCCGGGGCUACCCGGACACGGCGGCCAUGGAGAACCGACAGACCAUCAUCAACGACUACAUCACGUCCCAGCAGAUGCACCACAACGCCGCGGCCACGGCCAUGGCGCAGCGGGCGGACAUGCUGCGCGGCCUGUCGCCCCGGGAGCCCUCCCUCGCCCUCAACUAUGCAGCAGGCAUCAUCGACCUGUCCCAAGUGCCACACCUGCCUGUCCUCGUGCCCCCUACCCCUGGCACCUCUGCCCCGACCAUGGACCGCAUCACCUACAUCCCUGGGCCCCCCCAGACCUUUGGCAGUCGGCACAGCAGCUCCCCACUCUCCCCAGGAGGCCCCACGCACAUGACCAAACAGUCAGGAUCGUCGGUGUCCGAACGGGAACGGGAGCGGGAACGGGAGCGGGAGAGGGAGCGUGAAAAAUCCAUCCUAGCAUCCACCACGGUGGAGCAUGCGCCCAUCUGGAGACCAGGUACGGAGCAGUCCAGCAGCCGUUCAUCCUCCCACUCUCACAGCCACCAGCAGUCUCCCGUCUCACCCCGCACCCACGAGACCAUCCAGCAGCGCCCCAGUGUGCUCCACAACACGAGCAUGAAGAUCAUCUCCUCGGAGACCCCCACCCCUUCCGUCCUGCGAACCUCCUCCACCACUACCACAUCACCGAUCCGCUCCACCGCCUUCCCCUCAGCCUCUACCCUGCGCUCCUCCCUCAGCGCGGCCGACGGCUACGCAGCCCCGCUGGACCCGGCCAUCCUGCAGAAAGAGGCCUCGAGGGUGCGGGAAGCCAAGACAGAACGAACCCAGACUGACAACAACAUCUACACCUCAAAGCUGCCCAGUGGGGCCAACCUCGAACAGUCGCCUUCGCCCAUUAAAGCCAUGGAGUCAAGACCUUUGCCUGCCUCUGGACCUGGUUCUUCUCAUCACUAUGGCAGAGGACAGGGGAAAAGCCAGCAGCACCAUCACCCUCUGGACCAGCAGCACGCAGCCUCAGGCUCCGAGCAGCACAGUAGAGAAAAGAGUCAAAGUAAACGCUUUUCCAUGCAGGAGCAGGAGCUCCGAGCACUCGGUUUUCACGGAGGCUACAGCCCUGAGCGGAUGGAAGCAGUGAGUCCCGUGAGCUCACCCAGCCUGUCGCAUGAGAAAGGGGCCAAGCUGCUACAGGAUGCAGAGAAGGGGCACGGGGAGCAUGACCUGAGGCAGAAACAGCAAGGCUCGCUGAAGGGCUCAGCUCCCGAAGCCGCCCACCUGCAGCACCUUCGGCAGCCCGACGGCCCCCAGUGCCAGCCCCUGCAGAGCACCAAGGGCAUGAACCAGCGGGUGGUCACACUGGCCCAGCACAUCAGUGAGGUCAUCACGCAGGACUACACGCGCCACCACCCGCAGCAGCUCAACUCGCACAUCCAGGCGCCGGUGUACUCCUUCCCCGGGGCGACCUGCCCGGUGCUGGACCUGCGCCGCACCCCCAGCGAGGCCUACCUGCAGCAGCCGGAGCACACGGCGGCCUCACGGAUCUCCCCGCAGAACGAAGGUGGCAAAAGGUCCCCGGAGCAGGGCAAAGCCGCGGCCGGCGGGGCUGACAGCUGUAUCGAGCCGGUGUCUCCACCAGACGGCGUGGGAGAAGCAGAACACGCCAAGAGCGCCCCUUACCCCGUCCUGUUCCGCGAGGGAGAGCCCAUGGACCAGAGGAUGGGGUCCAAGUCCCCAGGAAACAACACUCAGCCUCCAGCUUUCUUCAGCAAGCUGACUGAGAGCAACUCUGCCAUGGUGAAGUCCAAGAAACAGGAAAUCAUCAAGAAGCUCAGCACGACCAACAAAAACGAGACAGAGUACAAUGUUGGGCAGCCUGGGACAGAGAUUUUCAACAUGCCAGCGAUUACAGGAGCAGGGCUAAUCAGUUGUAGGAGCCAGUCGGUCCAAGAGAAUUCCAGUACCAACAUGGGGUUGGAGGCAAUAAUUAGGAAAGCCCUAAUGGGUAAAUAUGACGAGCAGUGGGAAGAGCGCUCACCUCUCAGUGCCAAUGCUUUUAACUCUCUGAAUGCCAGUGCAAGCCUGCCCGCUGCUAUGCCCAUAACUCCUGCUGAUGGACGAAACGAGGACGUGCGCUCCUUGCCAGGAGGAGGGGGGAAGCCAAAGAUCGCUGCCAGGCCCAACAGCCGCAAGGCCAAGUCCCCGGCGCCGGGUCUGUCCUCGGGCGAGCGGCCGCCCUCGGUCUCCUCGGUGCACUCGGAGGGGGACUGCAACCGCAGGACACCCCUCACCAACCGCGUCUGGGAGGACAGGCCGUCGUCCGCAGGUUCGACGCCGUUCCCCUACAACCCGCUCACCAUGCGGCUCCCCAGCGGGGUGGUGACGGCAGCCCCCGCCGCCCCGCUGCCACAGGGGACCCCCAGCAGCCAGCACCAUGCCUGGGACGAGGAGCCCAAGCCCCUGCUCUGCUCCCAGUACGAAACCCUUUCGGACAGUGAAUGAGAGGAGCCCGGGGCAGGGAGACGGCGACCAAACCCAGGGUGUGGGGAGCAAGCGGGACGCCCCGGGCGAGUGCCCACCGCCCCGGCCCCGCCGGCUCUCACGAGCGAAGAUGUAGGAGCAGAGCUAUUUCGUUUUUCCCUUUUCCUUUAUUUUUUCCCUUCCUCCCCAACCAGCCAAUUUGGGGGGGGGUUAUUUUUUUUUUCAUUAUUAUUAUUAUUUUUGUUUGUUUGUUUGGGUUAUUUUUUUUCUUUCUCAACAUCUGGGAAUUUCUGCAUCCUCUUUGGUCCGAUAAAGAAAAGAAAAGAAAAAAGCCUUAACGAGACAAAACCCAAGGAACCCAUCUUCGAUCUUGGCAGCCGUGCUGGGCGGUGACCCCUGUGCUCGAGAGGGACUGUGAGCUGCCACGCGCCCGUCCCGGGGCCGCGCGCUCGGACGCUCUGCUGGCGCUUUCCCGCGGAGUCGGGCAAGGGGCUGUGGCAUUGCUCCCAAGGAGUCGAGCGAGGGGCCACGGGAUGCUCCUGCGGAGUUGUGCAACGGGCUGUGGGAUGCUCCCCCACAUCCCAGCCAUGGGGAUGUGCCACAGAAAUGCAAAACCUGGAGCGGGUUAAAGAAAAGAAAAACGGUUUAAGAAGCGAAACGGGACAGAACACCCUGGGUUGGUUCCCCAGCUGAUCCGAGGGCUGGUGGCCUGUCAUUCCCAUGUCACAAGACGUAUCAGCCCCGCAGCGACACACUUUGAAUGUGGCUGGGAUGAGCGGGCAGGGGAGGGAGUGAAGAGCUGUUUCUUAAAAAAAAAAAACACAAAAAAUCCUGGUCCCUUCGGUGGAAGCGAUCCCGGGUAACUCGGAGCGGGCAGGGACGUCCCGGGGCUGGCUCAUGUGCUGCCCACCGAGGGGCUCGGUUGCUUUAAGUGCAUUGUUUUCUGAAUGGUGAGAAAAGGCAAUUGUAAAUUGUAUUGGUCUACAGGGUAUAUUUUUGAUACCUUCAGUGAAUUAUGUCAAUAUUUUACGCAAGGAAGGACUUAAACAAAACACAGUAUUACAUGCUGUAAAAGAGGUUCUGUUCUUACAUGCAGGCUUUGAUGCGUUUGUCCAUUGUAUGGAAGGGUUUAAAAAAAAAAAAAAGGUAACAAUGAUCCAUCAAAGUUAUCUGGGAGUCAGGAGAAUGUAUGUACUUAGUUUAAAAAAAAAAAAAAACCAAACAAAAUCUUGCCAUGGUUGCAGGGCCCCCCGUUACACACACCUUUGCUGGUUGUAGACGUUGAUUCUCCAGAGCCCUCCGAGCUGGCCGGGGCAGGGGCAGAGCGGGCAUGAGACCGGCGUGGCAGGGAGUUCACAGGAAACUUUAAAAAAAAAAAAAAAAGACAAAAAGGAAAAAAAAGGAAAAAAAAAGUUUUUAUUGUAUUUUUGUGAUACACACGAAUGCUCUACUUUACAUUAUUUUUUUCAUUCCAUGAUGUUGGCUCAUAUCCGCAGUUACAUGGUUAAAGAACAAAAUAUUAGACUUUUUUUUCAUUCACUUCUGCUUUCUCGCUCUGGGGGGGAAAAACAAAUGGCAAAAAAAAAAAAAGAAAUAAAAUGUAUUAAAUGCUUUGCAUUCUAUGCGCUAGAGGAGCCCCAGCCCAGCCCAGCCCGUCUGGGUGGGCGGCAGCCCCCGCGUCCCACACGCGGGCCCAGCGGCACAGCCGGAGCCGUCACCUUCCCCACGGAUCUUUCUUUUCCCCCUGCAACGUUCCCAGGUUGAUUCUGAUUUCAAAGCAAGAGAAUGAUGGUGUUUGUUGUUUGUUUGGGGGUUGUUUUUUUUUUCUGUUGUUGUUGUUGUUGGGGGUUUUUUUUGGUUUUUUUUUUUUACAAUGUACAGGUUUUUAAUGUUCAUCAAUGUUUGUGUCUUUUCUGUUGUGCUUUUUUUUUUUUUUUUUUUUUUUAAGAAAAAAAAAUCCGAGACAAUGCACAAGCGAUGUGGAAGUCUUUCCGUUCCCAGGUUAUUGCUGCUGGUGUCUCCGUGGCUCUGAGCUGUACAAACUCACAGAGCUGAUGUCUGGGCGUAACGCUAUUAAAAUGUUGCAGAUUUUGCUGGGAAAAAAAAGAAUUAUCCAAAUCCAACCCAUCUUCAAAACUGCCUCCUUAACCGAUUUGGAAAAGUGGAGAAAAAAAAACCAACCACAACGAAGAAUAAAGUUCCCACUUGGCACAGUAGCAAUACUGUGUGCUGCUUGGUGUCUCCAGAUGUCCAGGAAGGCCCCAGGUGCCAGUGGAAGGUGGCUGCGGAGCUGACAAUGCCGGGUGCCCAUGGAUAGCAGCUGCAGGGCUGGCGGUGCCAGGUGCUGGUGGAAGGUGGCUGCAGAGCUGGCAGCUCCACCAAGUGGCAUCGCAGACCCUGCCAGCACCCCAGCGAGGGUUGAGACAUGGCAAGAAGGCGAGAGAAGGGGGACGGAGCUGCUGCCUUUGAGGCAGAGGCACUGACCCACGGCUUUGCCAUGGCUGGUCUCGCCAGUGGUGCUGCAGCAUGCUGGGGAUGGAGGUGCUGGGGUGGCAUUUGGGUCCCUCACCAUAUGGGCACCCUGUGCCAGCCCUGCAGCCAGGUGUCAUGACAUCAGGAAGGGCCAUGGGCUCCAGCCAGGAGCUGCAGAGCCACCUUCUCACCUCCUCAGCUGGAGCAGGGUUGGGUUGCCCUCCCUGUUAGUCCCAGGCAGCAUUCAGCAGGGCUGGCACCUGAAGCCAUGGGAUGGAGAGUUUAAGAGCCAGUCCCACUUGUCAGUGCCAACCCUGUAACGGUGUAUCUCUUUGUCUCUCCACUGUGUUUUCCCUGUAUGCAAGGUGAGGGGCCAGGGCUGGCUAGGAACCCCAAAGCCCCAAAGCACAGCAAUGCCCAGGGUGCUGUGAGUGUGGCAGAGAAGUUUUCAGGUAUUUGUGGGGUUGUUUCAGCCCUUUUAGGGUUUUUGGCUCAGUGCUGCUGGAUGCAUGGUUGGGCAGAUGUACCCACCAGCUUCUGAGCAGGGCAGUGUUUGCAGGAGGGGACAGUGUGGCAGAGCUGAGAGGACAUGGAGGUGCUGGGGAGGCACCAAUGACCCCCCCAGCUGCUGCAGUGCUCCAGCAGCCUCACACCCCUGCUCCAUGGGGUCCUUUGGGAUCUUUUGUGGAGCAGGGAGCAGGACACUUUGGCUCAUGUUCCUGGCUCUCUGUAGGAGCUCAGUCCCCAGCUGUGCUGCAUGUCCCCAUCAUGCCAGGACAGCCUGCCCUGGGCUGGGAGCCAGCGUAGGGGAGCAGGCCAGGGGUGCAUGAGACUGGGAGAGAGAGACACGCUGGAUUUGCUCUGGUGGGAACCUACACUUGGGGAGUCCCCCUUGCUGGAAGCCACAGCACUGCUUGGUUUUGCCACUUUCUGUCUUGCUGCGUCUCCAUCAUCAGGUCUCCCCGCGCACAUCCCGUCCCACACGGACCCUCCUGCAGCUGCCUGUCCCCUGGAACAUCCCUGCAGCAGCAGGGACAGGGAUAGGGGAACACUGCGGGGGGAACAUGGGGCAGCAACAGCUCCUCUUGGGGAGCUCUGAGCCACCUUCCUGGGGUGCUGGAGUGGGGAGCAUCCUCCCACUUGGGUUAAUUAAUUUGGGUCAAAUCAGCGCGGGCAGGAGGCUCACAGCUGCUUGGUGGGGAUCCCCCCAGACCCGGGGGGCUGCAGCAGGAUGGCCCCCAUUUUCCUGCUCUCAUGUGGGCUGGAGGAGCAUGAUUUUGGGAAAGGGAAAGCUGCUGCUCCUGCAGGUUGUGGUGCUUCCCCCUCUGGCCGUCAUUCUCCCCACUGAGGCAUCCUCAAGCCCCCCAGAACCUCGCGGCACAGUCUGAUGGCACCUCCUUGCGCUGCCGGCUGUGGUUGUGCCAUCCAGGAGAAAGUCACGUUAGACUAUUAAAAAAACCCCUAAGUUUAAACUUAAUGUUCACCAACUUUGUAACUUGUACAAACAGGCAAACAAAUUAUUGGACAAUUUAUUGCUUGAACUGUACCAGGGGGAAAUAUCUCUAUUUGUAUCCAGCCUGUGCACAGCUGGUGUGGAGGAAGUUGUACGACAGCCAGGGCUGUACAGAGACCACCAGGUGUAAAUAAUUCCACAGCUUGCUCCAGAGGGGAGGGGGUUCUUCUGCUAAAGGUGACGGGUUUGUUCACUGUUACUUGCUCGGCGUGCCCACCAGCGAGCGCUGGGGGGGCAGUGGGUGACCACUGCCAUACUGGUUAAAUAAUAAAAAAGCAAACAAACCAA